AUGAAGUCUCGCACCGUGUUUGCGUUGCCGGCUGUGGGGCCGCGGCAGCAGCUGCUGCUGCAGCAACAGCCGCAGCAGGAGGAGCUGCUGCUGCUGCUGCUGGCUGCUGUUGAUGGCGCUGCUAACCUGGGGAUGCACCCUUGUUUGCCUCUUCGACAAGGGGGGCCGGAGGCAGCAGCAGCAGCAGCAGCACUUGCUGCAUCACUGCAGCACCGUACUGAACUAAACGACGGGCAGCAGCAGCAGCAGCAGCAACAGCAGCAGCAGCAGCAGAAUCGCAAGCUUCAGAAUAAACCAGCUCUGGUUUGGCUCCGGGGUGUACAUACAUCUCCUCAUGUUGCUGCUGCCGCUCUACGUUUGCUGCGAGGAACGUGUGAAAAGGCAGCAGACGCAGUAACUUUGCUGCUGUCUGGAGAUGCGCCUGAGCAGCAGCAGCAGCAGCAACAGCAGCAGCAGCAAGGACUGGAGGUUCUAGCCAAUAUGCUAUCAAGCGCCUCUUGUCUUUUUGCUGCACAGACACUGCGUCGCUGCCUCCUCCGCCCCACAGCAAUUCACUGCUUCUCGAACAGCAGCAGCAGCAGCAGCAGCAGCAGCAGUGGUAGCGACGGCAGCAGCAGCAAUAGCAGUAGCAGCAGCAGCAGCAACUGUUGCUGGAGCAACAUGACAGGUUGCGAUUUUGGUCCUGCUGCUGCUGCGACGUGCGCAGCAGCAGCAGCAGCAGCGACUUUGCGAGUGGCAGCAGCAGCAGCAGCAGCUGCUGCUGCUGCAGGCAAGGGUGACCCUGUGCUGCAGCAGCAAACGUGUGCGUGGAAGCCCAGAGCACAGCUGCUGCUGCCCGUUAGCAGAUUUUUGCUGCUGCUGCUGCUUGCGUUGUCUGUACCUGGAGUGGACGUACACCGCGAGUUGAAUCCUUUGAAGACUGAAGUGGCGCAUACUGCAUGUUUGCUGCUGCUGCUGCUGCACGGAGGCAAAGACAGCAGCAACAGCAGCAGCAGCAGCAGCAGCAAUAGCAGCAGCAACAGCUGCUGUGGCUGGUGGCUGCCGCACUGCGCAGCUGCUGCUGCUGCUGCGCUUGACCCAAACUUGACUGCAGCAGCAGCAGCAGCACAAGCCAGCCGCUACAACUUGCUGCUGCUUCCCUGUGGGGAGCUGUGCGCCUCCUUUGCGUUGUCGCGCAGCUGCGGCAGCUUUCCGGUGGAUGAGCUGCCAGCAGCAGCAGCAGCAGGAGAGGCAGCAGCAGCAGCUGCAGCAGCAGCAGCAGCGGCAGCAGCAGCAGCAGGCCUCACUUGGGUCAAAGCAGCAGGCAAGGCAGCACUGGAGGUUAUGUCUGCAUGCGCGGAUUGUGUGCUGCAGCAGCAAGGCUACAGGGGGCAUCCGUUGCUGCGGGAGAGACGAGCAGCGCAGCUGGUGAGGCAGCAGCAGCAGCAGCAGCAGCAGCAGCAGCUUAGUAGAGAAUGUGUCUCUAGUCUCUUAAGAGCAGCAGCAAACCCUGUGGUGCUACAGAUGCUGCUGGGUGCAGCCAGUCGGUUUAUUGCGGCUGCUGCAGCCGCCAUGGGGCCGGCGCAGCAACAGCAGCAGCAGCAGCAGCAGCAGAUACUUCCUUGUGGUAGGGCCAGGACAGACCAAUUGCUAGAAGCAGCACCGCAGCUGCUGGGGGUGUUGCGAUGCGUCGGGUGUUGGUUUGCUGCAGCAGCAGGAGAUGUGCUGCUGCUGCCAGCGCUUCCGCUUUUAAGUACAUGUUUGCUGCCUUCCCUGCUGCAGCUGCUGCGCACCUGCUGCUUCCUGGAGAGCAUCUGCAUGCGCCCCGAUGCUGCAGCAACAUACACAGCUGCGGGUGCAGCAAAUGCUGCAUCCGCAGCAGCAGCAGCGCCAGAGGAGACACCAGAAGACCUCGCAGCAGCAAAAGAAGCAGCAGCAAAUAUAGCGGAGGCAGCAGCAGAUGCUUUUAUUAAGGGCGUGUCGCUGCUCGCUGUGCGGAACCUGCCCACUGAAGGAGAGACCAGCAGCAGCAGCAAUAGCAGCAGCAGCAGCAGCAGCAGCAGCAACAACAACAACAGCAGCAGCAGCAGGAGGGGGCGUCGGUGUUCAUUCAGGCACCAGCAAGAGGCUGCGCCUCCGCAGCAGCAGCACGAGGGCGGCAGGUGGCUGCAGGUUCCCGCUGCACUGCAGCAGCAACAACAGCAACAGCAGCAGCAACAGCAGCAACAGCAACAGCAACAGCAGCAGCAGGAGAGACGCCAUACGUUGUGCGUCUUGGAGAGGCAGCUGCUUUUUUCACACAUUUGCUCGGCGUUGCACCCCGACUUAGCGAUGAGCAGCAGCAGCAAGGAAUUUGCUGCAGCAGCAGGAGCAGCGGGAGCAGCAGCAGCGCAUGCGUCACGUGUUCUGGGGUGUGUAGCUUCGGUGUUUGCUGUUGAGAUGUGCGCAGUGCUGGCCCUUAUUGAGGCAGAGGCAACAGCAGCCGCAGCAGCAACAGAAGCAGCAACAGACGCAGGAGCAGCAGAAGCAGCAGCAGCAGAAGCAGCAGCAACCACGUGGUUGUCCCCUCCUGUCUUCUUUCGUAUCUGCUGCACCCUCUGCAGCGAUGCUUUGAGGCCCUCACCCGCAACAGCAAGAGCAGCAAAACAUUGUCAGGAUGGUGUGCCGGCUCUGCAGCAGCAGCAGCAACAACAACAGCAGCAGCAGCAGCAACAGCAGCAGCCGCAGCAGCAGCAACAACAGCAGCGGUCUCCACGCGCCUCUGUCCGGCAACAGCAGCAGCAGCAGCAGCAGCGUCAGGAGCAUCAGCAGCAGGAGGAGGAGCGACUGCAGCAGCGUGAGCAGCAGCUUUUAGCCCUUGCUGCAGCAAGCAGCAGCCACGAAGCAGCAGUUUGUGCUGCAAUGCAGAGAGGCACUCAAACGCUGCAGCAGUGGUUAUGCGGGAGUGUAUGGGGUAGAGAAGAGAGACUGUCUCCUGCUGUAGCAGCAGCAGAGGAGAUGGCUCGAGCUGUACGUACACUGCAGCAAACCCUUCAGCUUCGACAGGCAGCAACUGCAGCACGGGCAGCAGCGCGGGCCACAAGCGGCGGCAUCCUGAGGCAGCAGCAGAUGCUUUUGCUGCAGCAGCAGCAGCAGCAGCAGCAAGAACUUGCUGCUCUUGAAGCAGCACUUGAACGCAGCACGCGUCUAUGGAUGAGGCAGGUAACCUGCCGUCUUGUAGAGGCCUCAGCUUUCCCUCUGGGGUUUAGCUUUAGCAGCAGCAGCAGCAGCAGCAACAGCAGCAACUGCAGCAACUGCAGCAGCAACAGCAACGGGGAUGCAGCUUUCUUCAGUCUUAGCAACCUAUUUGCGCCUGAGAGCCAGAUGGUGUAUCGCCUGCACGACGGUCUCCUCCCUGAUUUAACGAACACAGCAUUCUCUUUGCUGCGGCUGUUUCCAGCAGCAGGAGCAGCAGCAGAGCAGCAGCAACAGCAGCAGCAGCAGUGGGAGCAGCAGCAGGAAGAGCAGCAGCAGCAGCCAUGGGCAGCGUUUGAGUCCAUAUUGCAUGCAGUUGCUGCUGUCGCACAUGCUGCGGACUGGAGAUGCAGCGGGGCGCUGCAGCAGCUGCUGCUAUGGUUGCUGUCUCCGGCUUCUUCUUUGACUCCCUCAAUAGCAGCAGCAGCAGCCGACGUACCAGUAGCAGCAGCAGCAGCAGCAGCAGGGAGGGUUCCGUGGGUGCUACAUUCUCACCGUUUGCUGCUGAGCUCGGCGCUGCAGCUGCUAGGGGCUCUGGAUUGGUGGCUGCUGCAGCAACCGCAGCUGCUGCCUCGUGUGCUGCUUCUGCUGCAGCAAUCUUUGCUGCUGCCGCAGUGGAGCGAAGAAGGCUUCCCUCUUUCAUCUAAGGAGGACCACUUAGGCUGCGUCUCUCUCUUAAAACUCUGUGCUGCUGCUGAGGCCCCGGGUGUUUGCUGCUGCAUGCAGCCGCCAGACAGUCCCAUCUCAACGAACAACUUCUGCUGCUUCGCGCUGCACCUCAUCGAGACUGUUGCUGCUAUCCCUGCAACCAGCAGCAGCAGCAACAGCAGCAGCAGCGGGAAGGAGGGCAGCAGCAUCGACGCAGCAAGCAAAUGGGCAGCAGCAGAGAGGCAGCUCUGCAUGCAGAGCAGGCAUUGCGUCGUGGCUGUAGCAGGGAAGCUACUGGCUGUAUCCUGUGGCAUGCAUGUGGAGCAGCAAAUGCGUCAACUAGUGCAGCAGCAGCAGCAGCAGCAGCAGUGGAAGCAGCAGCAGCAGGACCCCUACGCUAUCGCCGGUUUGGUUCUGAGCAGACAUAUGGAUAUCUUGAGGGGCCUCGUGCGCCAGCUGCUGCUGCUGAAGCCAGCAGCAGCACAAGCGGCAGCGGCGGCAGCAGCAGCAGCAGCAGCAGCGGAAGAAGAAGAAGGAGCAGCAGCAGCAGCUCCACAGCUGCGGCUCUUCGUUGCUGCAUGCACAUUCGUGCUGCAGUCUCUCGAGGCAUUCCUUGCUGCUUGCUUACAGCCGCUUCUUGAACAGGGUGCCGCAGGCGCAACACAGAAAGGGAGUCUGUCUCUUCUUUUUAUUUGCUGCUCUCAAGGGCCUCUGCAGCAGAGACCCGCUGGCAGCAGCUCCCGACAGCAGCAGCAGCAGCAGCAGCAGCAGCAACAGCAGCAGCAGCAGCAGAACUGCCCCCUUGUAUUUUCCACCGUUCUGAAACGACUGGGCUUUUAUAAUGUGAGGCAGCGUGCUGCGCGGAGACAGCAGCAGCAGCAGCAGCAGCAGCAGCAGCAACAGCAGGUCUUCGGGAGGGGCGGCGGAGAUGAUGGUCGUCUUGGCGAAGGCCCUUCAGCAGCAGCAGCACCAGCAGCAGCAGGCACAGCAGCAGCAACUGCUGCUGCUGCUGCUGCAGCGCUUGGUGCUGCUCAUGGUUUGAUGCAGCUCGUUGUGCUGCAUGUAAAUGCAUACGGGCAGACGCUGCGGUCCCUGGUUGCAGCAGCAGGAGCGCUUGCUGCAGGCAAACUUGAAGAGAAUCAGAAGGUCUGCGGCCUCAUUACGGCACUCUCUUCUUUUUUGUCUUUUGCUCUGCAUGCGACGCUGCUGCUUGGAGGAGACACAUUUGCUGCAGCAGCUGCAGCGAAGGUCCUGUUAUGUGCUGCUGCAGAGCUGAGGAGAACAGCAAGGCAGCAACAGCAGAAGGAACAGCAGCAGCAACAGAAGAAACAGGAACCGCCGCAGCAGCCGUCGGCGCUGCAGCAGCCACAGGCGCUGCAGCAGCCGCAGCUGCAACCGCAGCAGCAACUGCAAAAGCAGUUGCUGCUGCGGAGGCACGUUCUGCUGUGGGUUGAGUGA